AUGUCUACGAAGCCGGCCCAAGUUGCCUCUAAAGACAAAGAUUCUCAAAAUGCGGGAACACCAAACCAGACAUUAUAUUUGAAGAAUCUGAACGACUCGAUCAACAAGAACGAACUAAAACGCGCUCUGUACAUGCUCUUUUCGACGUAUGGACCUGUCCUGGACAUAGUGACGACGCGAAUCGGAUCCAGAGGCCAAAGCAUGCGUGGCCAGGCACACAUUGUCUUUCGCGACAUACAGACGAGUACUCAAGCUAUGCGAGCGUUACAAGGAUUCGACCUUUUCGGGAAGGAGAUGGUUAUUGUCUACGCCAAGGGACAAUCACAGAUAAUUCCGAAACUUCGAGGGACGUUUGAACCACCGGCCCCUGUAAAGUCGGUUCCCGAAUCUACACUGCCACAGAAAUCCAUCUUUGAUGUCCCUCCUGGGGCCGGAAUCCCAAGCAAACCAAUCGAGAACGGAGUGAAGGCUACCGAAACAGCUCCUGACAAUUUGCCCCAUGGGACCAAGAGAGCGCGUGAAGAAGAGGAGGAGGAGGAGGAGGAGGAAGAGAAUGAAGUGCCAAUGGAAGAGGAUGAAGAUGAUGCGCCGAUGGAAGAGGAUGAGGACGAUUGA